AUGGCUGACCUAAACCUCAGUUACUUCGUUCAUCGAAUGACAAGACUCGUAAGCUUAUUUUGAUCCUUUCCUUCUCUACUCUUACAUUCAAAACUAAGUAGAUUCUUCUUACUCUUAGAUUCUUAGCCUUGCAAGUUUGCAAGGCGGAGCGACCGACGAGUCACAUGCCGAUAUCAUAAGGCAGGUUGAAGAAAUGAGGGACGAGAUUAAUCGAAGAGCUGCAAUUAUGGAGAGAAGAUUUGCUAUUAUGAGGGCACUUUCUGUUCUUGAGAACCUGCGAGAUAUAGUUGAGGAGGCUAGAGAGUAA